CGCAUGCGCAGAUCAGUUUAAUGACGUCAUGUCCGUGGGAAACGUCGGCUGGUAGUCCACGAAUGUUUAGCGAGAUAAUUAUCUCUUCUUUAUUUAGUAUUUAGUUUGAUCAAUGUAAAUAUGAUUCUUACAGUUAAGCCGCUUCAAGGAAAAGAGUGUAAUGUUCAGGUGACAGAAAAUGAAAAGGUGUCCACAGUGAAAGAGCUGGUAUCCGAGCGUUUAAACAUCCCUCCCAGUCAGCAGAGACUACUGUAUAAAGGAAAAGCACUUGCAGAUGAACACCGGUUGAGCGAUUACUCCAUCGGCCCGGAGGCCAAGCUGAAUCUGGUGGUGCGUCCGGCGUGCGAGAGGAGCGGAAACAGCAGCGGUGCUCCUGAGAAAGCAGGCAGUGGAGUGUGGCAGUUAUUGUCCACGGUCCUGGCCAAACACUUCAGCCCAGCCGAUGCAGCAAAAGUGCAGGAGCAGCUCAUUAAGGAUUAUGAGCGCUCUCUCAGACAGCUGAGUCUGGACGACAUCGAGCGUCUGGCCAGCCGUCUGCUGCAUCCAGAGAUCGAGGGCAUGGAUACCUCAUACAUGGACUGAAGCCGCGCUCGGGGAGACCGAUGUGAUCUUCAAGUUGCUCUCCCGUCAGAGGAAACCAGUGGUGCUUUUAGUGCAACUUUGUAAAUAUUGUAUGCAUAUUAUUAAAUUACAAUAAAAAGUGUUCUUUAUCAUUUUUUUUAUAAUUAACAGCCAGCUUGGUUGUAAAUGCAUCUUUAUUUUUUUUGGUUUUGGUGCCAUUUUUACAUUUGGUCCAAAUAAAAAUGAUGCCUGAA